UAAGCCUUCACCAGCAACGAGUUGUUUCAUCCCACAGAAGGGCCCUCUGGUCCCGGCCGGUCAUCCAAGCAUUUGAACGGCCAAUUCGAUUCAUUCGAGUUGGUUCACUCGACGUCGUCUUGGCUGAUGAGUGAUGCCUCGACACGAUCAGGCGCAACUUGCUCCGGAGCGCAAGAAGCGGGCAUUGGAGGGCAACAUUGAGAAGGGGAACGUGUCGCUCCAACGGGAUGAACUUCAGAGGAGGAAGGUAAGAAGCAGUGCCUUGGCUGAAGAGACCACAUCGCCAAAAGCCAAAGCUGCAAAAGAGAGCACAUCACCCAAGGCUGUGAAAGGCAGACCUUCGCCAAAAGCGAAGGUUGAGGCAAAGGAGCAAAACAAGAGGAGUGCAUGCACCUUUUCAGAUGCAUCGGAGGAGGUUCUAGACCUUCUUCAACAAGUGGCAAACUUGGAUGAAUUGCAGAGAUGGGCUUUUGCUGGUGGUUAUGAUGCUGUGACCGUGCCACUGAGUAAGGUGACCAAGAGCAUGGCGCGCGAAGGCUUCACGUGGUUAAAGGCAAUUGAGCGUGAGCUGGCCAAGCCUGAGCCUCCUACUGAGUCUUUGGAAGCCUUGAGCCAAUCCUUCUACAAGGUCGUACCACUUCUUGCGAAUGAGGGUAAGGAAUCAAUUGCAACAUCAGACCUCUUCCUAAGAAGGCUUCGUGUGGUUUCUAUGCUCUCCGACAUCGAGGCUGCUCAUUCCCAGUUGCGCUUGCUGCUGAACUUCACAGAGGAGGCUGCAGCCGCAGGAUCGCGCCGUCUAAGCACGCAGCACCUGCAGUUGAUUUACAAGAGUUUGAAAUGCGAGAUCAGUGCAGAAACCCAACACAGUACAGUGUCACAGAUGGUGGAGAAGUACCUGCGUGGUGUGUCCACGCCAAAGCUUAAGAGAGUCUUCACCAUCAACAGGCCAGCAGACUCAACGAGGCUGGCAAAGGCCCCAGCAAAACGGCUGCUACUGUGGUAUCGGACAUCUUUCACUGCGUGGCUCAGCUUGCUGGCAAAUGGCUUUAGACUUCCUCCCAAGGAGGCACCUGAGCUUGGCUACUCCUUUGGCAAGGGCUUGUAUUUCUUUGACGCUGUAGAAGCCAUUGCUGAGAGCGGGCAAACUUUGUUCCUGCUGGCGGAGGUAGCCCUCGGCAGCUCAAGGCAGCUUGAUGCUCCUGAUCAACAAGCAGAAAAGCUUCCGCUGAAUACACAGUCAGUCAUUGGUAGAGGAACAUGGACACCAGACCCUGGUGGAGCAUGCAAGCUGGAUGCCAUGACCGUUCCUUUAGGUCAGCUGCAGAAGGGACCAGAAGGCGUUCUACAACAUAAUCACUAUGUUGUGUACAACCUAAAUCAAGUCCGGAUCAGAUACAUUGUUGAGGUAGAAAUGCCGAGAAGUGAUUAGUUGGCCUGGUUUGUCAGUCAUAAUUAAUCACUUCUUGCUUGGGAUCGUUGGAUUAUUUGCUUUGCGUUUGUCAUUUUGUGUUUUAUAGAUCGAGGGUUCUGGAUUUGCUUUUGCUUUCUACACCUUUGAUCAAAUGCUCUGGGGUUUGCUGCCCAUCACUUGCGUCAAAGCAAGAGCAGCUCUCGUGGCCUUCGGUCACCAAUUGCGGGCUUUUCGUGCAAAAUAUGAUAGUGCAAAGUGAGACAGCUGCACAAGUCAAAUGCACUGAGCUUAAGGUCAUUUCAGUUCAGUCGUGUCCAGCUCUCUCCGUCCUUCAUCUUGUUUGGGAUGACACCAACUUGGAAUCCUUCUUGUAGUCCGUGACUUUUAGAGUUCAAA